AUGAAGUCAUGUGGAAUCGGCUACUCCACUGCCAAACUGUUGGUGGAGAGUGAUCCCUCCCUCCAUCUCUUCAUUGCCUGUAGAAAUGUACAGAAAGGCAUGGAAGCCGUCACUUCUCUCGGACAACACAGCCAAACAUGCCAAAUAAGUCUCGUCCUCAUAGACAUGGCCUCCCGACAGUCUAUUUCCAGGGCUGUGGAGAAUAUUAAAGCACAGUACUCAUUCCCCACACCCCAGAACAGACCACCUCGACGUCCUUAUAUGCAAUGCAGGAACCAUGGGCACUUGUCACGUAGUCUGGAGUUAUUUCAUAAAAAACUUAUUUUCCACGUAUUUUGCCUAAUAAUGCCCAGAAAUGUGUUUGAUAUGUUUUCGACGGGCAAAGGACUGCUUUGCCAACAAGACAGGUCCACGGAGGAUGGAUUGAAGGAGAUCUUCGCCACCAACGUUUUUGGUCACUUCCAACUGUUUCUCCAACUCCUGCCAAUCCUGGGAGGGCAGGACGGUCGGACUCGAAUUAUUUGGACUUCUUCCUCCAACGCCAGCAAAAAGGAGUUUUCCUUCCAAGAUUUACAGGAACCCUAUUCGGCCUCCAAAUAUGCAGUGGAUUUGCUCAGUGCUGCCAUCAACUUCCGUUUUGGGAGAUCACAUGUACUUGGAGGGUGUCAGUCGUAGAAUAUAUUCUCAGUUGUGGGCAAUCCGGGGAUGGUUGUGACUGGAAUGACUUUGGGGAUUAUGCCUUCCUCGUUUUGGUCUGUUUGUACUCCGUUUUUGUGCCUAAUGAGGUUUUUUGUGCCAGAAAUGACCAUCUCGCCUGAAUAUGCGGCCGAGUUACUUCACUUCUUGGCCUGUGAUGGGUCACUGGACGAAGAGGACUGGACAAGCAAGUACCACUGUGCCACGACUGUGUUUGGAUAUGUCACGUUUCGUAGAGAGAGAGUAUUGGCUGGGUUUAUGGGCUGUAGUGUGAGGAUUUAG